AUGGGUUUCAAUGACCUUCUUGAAAGCAUCGGAGGGAUGGGUCGUUUCCAGAUACUGGAAGUUUUUAUGCUUCUGAUUCCUAUGUUUUUUAUGGCCUCUCAUAAUUUUCUGCAAAACUUCACAGCUGCUAUACCUCAACAUCGCUGUCGGUUCCCGGUGUUAGAUAACGGAACUGUGGACAAUUUUUACCAUGAUUUGCUUUCAGAGUUUGUACCCAUGGAUGAGAAUAAAAAGCAUGAGACUUGCCAGCGGUUUACAGGACGCCAGUCUAUUAUCUUGCCUAACAUUACACAGUGGAACCACACAGAGAAGUGCUUAGAUGGCUGGGUCUACGAUAGCAGUGUGUUUGCUUCUACUAUUGUCACAGAGUGGAACCUGGUGUGUGAUGCUCGCAAAAUGAGACAGAUAGCGCAGUCCAUUUACAUGGCAGGAGUUCUGGUUGGCGCUUUCUUUCUCGGAGGUCUGUCUGACAGGUUUGGUAGAAAAACAUUUCUGAUUGGUUCUUACCUUGUAAUGGGCGUGGCUGGUACCUGUGCCGCUUUUCUUCCAAGCUUUGUAACUUACUGCACCUUCCGAUGCCUCUGUGGGAUGGCAUUCUCUGGGAUUGCCCUGAAUACCAUCUCGUUAAUUCUAGAGUGGACCCCACCGAACAGACGGACUGUUAUGGGAACGCUCUUUGCUUACAGUUUUACUACUGGGCAGCUCCUGCUAGCAGCACUAGCCUAUGGAAUACGUAACUGGCGCUGGCUUCAGUUCACCGUCUCUGCCCCAUACUAUAUUUUCUUUCUGUAUUCAUGGUUCAUCCCAGAAUCAGCUCGUUGGUUAAUCCUAAAGGGGCGGCACACUGAGGCGUUGAGACACCUAAAGAGAGCAGCUUGGAUAAAUGGAAAGUAUGCGGAAGGAAAAAAGCUGUCUGAAGAGGUUCUGAGGUCCCAUAUGCAAUCGGAAAUGAAGCAACCUAAACGUUCUACCUCACCGCUAGACCUCAUCCGUACUUCAGGGAUGCGUAGAAUCACUAUAUGUUUCAUGCUUGUAUGGUUUUCCACUAGCUUUGUAUUUUAUGGAGUCGGUAUGGACCUUCAGAAAUUUGGAGGGAGCAUUUUCCUCCUUCAGUCUAUCUUUGGAGCUAUUGAUAUUCCUGCCAAACUGAUCACUGCAAUAAUGAUGAGCUUCCUAGGACGACGGAUUACUCAAGUUUCAGUAAUGAUACUCUCUGGGGUAACAUUACUAUGCAAUGCAUUUGUUCCGCAAGACUUGAAAAUACUCCGUAUAGUUCUGUCUGCCCUUGGAAAAGGAUGUGUUGCAGGGUCAUUCUCAUGUGCCUACCUUUACUCAGGAGAACUCUUCCCCACUGUAUUAAGGCAGACUGGUAUGGGAUUAGUUGCUAUGAAUGCUCGAUUGGGAUCAAUGGUUGCCCCACUGGUGCUGAUGUUGUGGGAAAUCUCACCCAUUCUUCCACCUGCUAUAUAUGGGGUAGCAGCAAUUAUAUCUGGCAGUGCCGCCAUAUUCCUGAUAGAAACCGUCAACCAACUGCUGCCAGAUACUGUAGAUGAUGUGGAGAGCAGGUUUAGAUGUAAAACUCUACCUAAGAAUGUGACAAAAGAAGAAGAACUCGCUCUUAAUCCAUGUGAAAGCCAGACUCCGAAAAAACUCCCUGUGCAUACUGUAUAACCAUAUGGCCCACUUCACAUUUCAUAAUAAAAUGCUGUUUAAUAUA